CAGACUCGGCGCGCUCCCGACUGCGGCGCUUUUUUCUUGCUGCGUAAAUCUAACGGAAAGGUGGAUCACUAUUCCAGUCGCGUCUCACGCGCGUUAUUUCCGUGGAUGUAAAAUGAACAUACAACACAGUUGUGGACUUUACGACGCAAAACCUUCCUUCAGUCCUUGAUAUUUCUUCUUCUUUUCUUCUUCUUUUUAUUGGAAGAAACGGACCUCGACUGAUCUUGCUGGGACAAACUUUUGGAGCUACUCACAUAAUCAAACGGCUCAUUUUCUGGAAGUGUUCCAGCUAAGUAUAACCUUCAAGAUGGAUGGACAGUGUUACUACAAUGAAAGCAUUGCCUUCUUUUACAAUGAAAGUGGGAAGUACCUGGCCACAGAGUGGAAUACUGUCAGCAGACUGGUGAUGGGACUUGGGCUUACAGUAUGUAUCUUUAUCAUGCUGGCUAACCUGCUGGUGAUGGUGGCCAUCUACAUCAACCGCAGAUUUCAUUUUCCCAUCUAUUAUCUCAUGGCUAACCUAGCGGCAGCAGACUUUUUCGCUGGACUGGCUUAUUUCUAUUUGAUGUUUAACACGGGGCCCAACACCCGCAGGCUAACUGUUAGCACAUGGUUACUACGCCAAGGCCUCAUUGACACUAGCCUGACGGCCUCUGUGGCCAACUUACUAGCCAUCGCCAUCGAGCGCCACAUAACAGUCUUCCGCAUGCAGCUCCACACGCGCAUGAGUAACCGACGUGUGGUUGUGGUCAUUGUGAUCAUCUGGACUAUGUCAAUUGUCAUGGGUGCCAUCCCUAGCGUGGGCUGGAACUGUAUCUGUGCCAUCAAAACCUGCUCCAACAUGGCACCACUCUACAGCAACUCGUACCUCGUCUUCUGGGCCAUCUUCAACCUGGUGACCUUUGUGGUCAUGGUGGUGCUUUAUGCCCACAUAUUCAUGUAUGUCCGCCAGCGCACCAUGAGAAUGUCUCGCCAUAGCUCAGGUCAGCGGCGCAACAGGGAUACCAUGAUGAGCUUGCUGAAGACAGUGGUGAUUGUCCUUGGUGCUUUUAUCGUGUGCUGGACGCCUGGUUUAGUUCUCCUACUGCUUGACGUUUUCUGCGAAGAAUGCAACGUGCUGGCUUUCGAGAAGUUCUUCCUCCUCUUAGCCGAGUUUAACUCAGCCAUGAACCCAAUCAUCUACUCCUACCGGGACAAGGAGAUGAGCGUUACGUUCAAGCAGAUCCUGUGCUGCCAGCGGCAGGAGAACAUAAACGGUACUGUGGAGGGUUCAGACCGCUCAGCUUCCUCCCUCAACCACACUGUCCUGUCUCCACACAAUAAUGACCACUCAGUGGUCUGAACACAGCAGAGGAACGCAGCUGGCACUAUCGGGAUCAAACCCAGGACUGGAAAAAAGCUCCUUGCCAAGUGGCAGAGCUACACAGGAGGCAUUUGCAUUACCCAAAAAAAAAAAAAAAAAAAAAAAAAACAAUUUUGGAGGGUUUUGUUUAGUUUAUUUUUACGUGUUCUAUUUUUGGUGACACUAUAUUAAGUAUUUAAUGACUGUUUUACAGUGCAAGGGGUUUGGGCAGUAUAAGGAUGAUUUACAAAAGUGGUAACUGUUAGGUCAACUAUUCAUGAAUUUAGAUUUUUGUACUACCCAGUAAGUCAUGGGUGUCCUAAGUAUUAAUAAAACUCCUAUUAACCUUUUCGCUUAGACUUUUGCACUAUAGAGGUAAGCAGUGCACUCUUGAGACCACUGAUUAAUGGCACAAUUUUGUCGCCAGCUAAUCUGAAGAAGACGCUAAUCUGUAUCUCAUUAGGCCUGUGGCUUCCCCUACUUAUCAUUACUCUGUAUACAAUUGUAAAGAUAACUAGGUGAUGCCACAGGCCUCUAGAAUAGAAAAAUAGACAUCUAGAAUAGAAAAAACAAUGGUAUUAAAAGUUUCAACAUGUGUGCCGAGAAAUCUUUAAAUAACUUGAAUCACGUAAAGCUUGCGUGGCUUGAUGGAUUGUUCUUAGAUUUUCUAUCAGAACACUAUGAGACAGUGACCAUUCUUCAUUUGAGGACCUUGUCAGUAUCUUCCAGUUCUGAUUUGGGUAGCUCUUCAUGUUUUUUUUUUUUGUUUGUUUUUGUUUUUUUAACAACCACUUACAUAUAUGAGCCAUUUCUUUUCAGGGAAUCCAAUUCAUGGAUUGUCACCACAUUAUAAAGUCACAAGUGCCCUUAUUUUUUUAUUUUUAUUUUUUUUAAUUAUUAUUUUUCAAGAGUAUUUGGGAUUUCUUGAUUCUUUUGAGGACUUUCAGGUUUCAUCGAUAAAUGGCUGUCACUUUGCUAUGCUAACAAACAUAAUACAGAGUGUGUGUGUGUAUAUAUAUAUAUAUAUAUAUAUAUAUAUAUAUAUAUAUAUAUAUAUAUAUAUAUAUGUAUAGACACACACACACACACUCUCUCUCUCAAACUUGUCUUAAUAUAAACUGUCACUGAGAAGCAGAGUAGAUCAGAUUCCCUGAGAAUCUUUUGUGGUCCUGGUCCUGUGUGUGACAUUGUUUAUGGCCAGCAACCAGGGCCUAAUUUAUUUUUUCUUGUGCCACAGUCAUAAGCAUGAAAUGUGUCUUGUGACAUAAGAGAAAUUAAAUGAUCAGUGUAUGUUGGUCUGUAUGUACAGUAUGUAUAUAAUAUAUGUAUAUAUUCAAUGUUAGUCAAAAAGGGAAUCUUUAUUUUUAAGGAUUAAGUGACCUUUUUUUUGCUCUCAGUUGUAUCCUGCUUAACACUUAAAUUAUUUUUAAAUGUUUAACUUGGGGCAAACAUAUUUAGUAUUUCCCAUUAAUUAAUCUGAAAUUUUAGGUGAAGACCUGUUUAGCAGUAGAUGGAAACAUCUUUACUGUAAAUGGUUGCAAAUACAGUGGAUACUAACAUUGCUAAUAAAUGUAACAGGAAAACUUCAUACAAUGCAAAGUCCCACUAAGAUUUUACAGCUAUAAUAGGUUAUUCCUCUUGGAUAAGACAUGCUGUUCACCUGGAAUGAUGCAUAGGAAAAAGUUCAUGCACCUAAUUUGGCCAUAAUGCUGUUUGCCCUAAACCUCAGUCAAGGACUGUCGGUUUAUUUCUUUCCAUCUUUAUGUUUUAACUAAAAACAUACAGCUUCUAUUAUAUUUAUUUUAUAUGAUUUUAAUCUCACCCAAAAUAUAUGAUGUUAUUUUUUUUCUCCCAUGCUCAAGCCUAAAUUCUGUAUGGUAUGAUUCACCUAAACUCACUAUAAUUCAAUCUGCCAGUCUUCUUAAAAUAAACUUGUAUGAUAUCAGGACAA